AACCUUAACCUACAACAAGAGGAUAAGUUAAUUAGAUACAUAGAAAGGUGUACAAGGGAUAGUGUACCACCUACACAAAGUAUUUUGAAAAAUUUUGGCAGCGCAGUUGCGCAGCAAGAGGUCUCCAAAAGCUGGAUUACCUGGUUUCAACACCGCCAUCCUGACAAGCUCAUCACUAAAUAUAACACUAGUAUGGAUUGUAGGCGUCACCUGGCUGACAACAAGCAUAAAUACAAGUUGUACUUUAACUUGCUACACUCUAAGAUGUAA